GCAAGAUGACCUGCGCGUGGCGGAGGAGAAGCUGGCAGCCGUGGAGGAGGCUUUGAGGGCAGCUCUCACCUCCGAGCAGGACCGCACGCGAGCCUUGGAAGCUAUCGCCCACACCGUGGAUGAGGAGCACCGCAGGCCGGAUCCGACCAGCCCAGAAGAAGCAGGCGAAGCGGUGGAGGAGGGCACCGAGGAAGUGGAGGAGGGUCCAGGGCUGGAGCUACGCAUCAAGAACACCUUCAUCGAGUUCUGCGUCCCCAAAGAAAGCGAACACCUUGUGCGGACACGAACCGCUCCAAGCGUCGUUUCGCAGAUGGGUGACGCCGCCUCUCCCACGGAUGGCUACAUGGAGGAGGGUGGAGCUACAUCUUCAUCUCAGAGGACCUCGCCUCUCCUGACCAUGGUCCCCGCUCCUUCGCCACCAGCACCCUGGGCGCUAAAGCGCGACACGUCAAGCAUUCUCCGGUCCAUCCUGGAGGAUAAGUCGGAUUCCCAGAAGUGGGUGGGAAUUUGA